UCAAGGACCUAUUCCCAUUACUGUUCCUCUACUCUUCAGGAUCAGGGGCAUGGACAAAGCCAGAGCUACCCCAACUAACAAAAGCCAAGUUCAAUUAUUGCACUUAAUUUUGUUUUAAUUUUCGACUUAUACUUCCAAUCAAUCAAAUUUCUUCAUUCAUUUACCUAGUCAAGGAAAUAUCCUUCUAGCCUAAGAAAAAUGAGUGACGAUGGGAAAGAGAGCUACCGCUCCCACCACCACCACCACAUAUCCCACCACCAUCACCACCAUGAUGAUGAAGAAAAACAAGAAUCACUACCACCACCGCCACCACCACCCGAAUAUGGAACUUUCCAAGGAGUAGCCAACUACCCUCCUCAGCCAGUGAUCGGCUUCCCUCAGCCGGUCCCACCUCCAGGUGCCUCAGAUCGACCAUACUAUGCUCAUGGUUAUCAGGCUGUCCCGGGACAUACUGUUGCUGAGGGAACACCUGUAACAGGAAGACAGCGUCGUCUCCCUUGCUGUGGCAUUGGCCUUGGCUGGUUCCUGUUUAUCAUUGGCUUCUUUCUUGCUGCAAUCCCCUGGUAUUUUGCUGCAUUCAUCAUACUCUGUGCAAAAGUUGAUCCUCGAGAAAAGCCUGGAUAUAUUACAUGCACUGUUGCUGCCAUUCUUGCUACUAUUGCUAUUAUUGUGGGCGCGACGAAGAGGGACUGGUGAAAAUCUCUUUCCAGAGGGUUGUACAGGUUCAUUAUGGGUGGAUGUAUAUGCCUAAAUCUACUUGUUAUGAGUUUGCAAAGAAAAUAAUUUCUUUUUUAUCCUUUGAAUCCUCCUCUUAAAUCAGAAACCUAACGUAGUUAUGUACUAUGUUGUGAGAGAAAUCCAUCUACGACAUCGUUUGCUUCUUUUCGACCAUGUUUGCGUAAAAAUCACAUCUUGAGGCUUGCAAUCAA